CAGUAUCGCUAUAAGGACAGUUCUUCCAGCCCCGGCCGUUUCUUCCAACACGAUGUGCGGAAUCUUUGCAUAUUUGAACUACAGAGUCCCUCAAACACAGAAGGUGAUCUUGGAGACUUUAAUUAAAGGUUUGCAGAGACUCGAAUACAGAGGCUAUGAUUCAGCAGGAAUAGCAGUUGAUGAAAGCUGCAACAAAGAUCAAACAUUUGGCAGCCAUAUUUGUCUCUUCAGAAACAGAGGCAAAGUAAAGGCCCUGGCUGAAAAACUUGAUGAGCAAGUAUCUUUGGACAUCAACAAGGAAUUUGAAACGCAUUUUGGAAUUGCUCACACCCGCUGGGCAACACAUGGAGUUCCAAAUGAAGUGAACAGUCAUCCUCAUCAAUCUGAUAAAAACAAUGAAUUCGUUGUUGUUCAUAAUGGAAUUAUCACAAACUACAAAGAUUUAAGAAAAUUACUGGAAAGCAAAGAUUACGUUUUUGAAUCUGAGACAGAUACUGAGGUGAUUCCUAAACUAACAAAGUAUCUGUAUGACAACCGAGAAGGUGAAGACAUUGGAUUCUCUACUGUGGUGGAAAGGGUUGUUCAACAACUGGAAGGGGCAUUUGCACUUGUUUUCAAGAGCAGACAUUUCCCAGAUGAAGCAGUUGCUACAAGGCGAGGGAGCCCUCUGCUGAUCGGUAUUCGCAGUAAGAAUAGGCUCUUCACUGACCAGAUUCCAAUCCUGUACCAAGCAUAUAACAAUAACAAAAAUGACCAUUUAUCCAAAACACACGAAAUUAAGCACAAAGGUUUUAAUGGCACUGGAGAGGAUAAAAGUGUUGAAUUUUAUUUUGCAUCUGAUGCUAGUGCAAUCAUUGAGCACACAAACCAAGUGAUGUAUCUGGAGGAUGAUGACAUUGCUGCAGUGGUGGAUGGUUGUCUCUCCAUUCACCGUGCUAAAAGAUCAGUGGGUGAUUUAGCAUCCAGAACUGUACAUACUCUGCAAAUGGAAUUGCAACAAAUCAUGAAAGGAAACUUCAAAGCAUUCAUGCAGAAAGAGAUUUUUGAACAACCAGAAUCUAUCGUCAAUACAUUGCGAGGGAGAAUAAAUUUUGAAGAUGGCACAGUAAUGCUGGGUGGAUUGAGAGACCACAUCAAAGAAAUAAAACGAUGCAGACGUUUGCUCUUAAUUGGGUGUGGAACGAGUUACCACGCUGGAGUUGCAACACGCCAAGCAUUGGAAGAACUAACUGAUCUCCCGGUGAUGGUUGAACUUGCUAGUGAUUUCUUGGACAGAAGUACACCAGUUUUCAGAGAUGAUGUCUGUUUCUUCAUUAGCCAGUCAGGUGAAACUGCAGAUUCUCUCAUGGCUCUUCGUUAUUGUAAGAAUCGUGGUGCCUUGACUGUUGGCAUUACCAACACAGUUGGAAGCUCCAUUUCUCGAGAAACUGAUUGUGGUAUACAUAUUAAUGCUGGACCUGAAAUUGGAGUGGCAAGCACAAAGGCCUAUACAAGCCAGUUUGUUUCCUUGAUUAUGUUUGGCCUCAUGAUGUCUGAGGAUCGUAUCUCAAUGCAGAAAAGGAGAAAGGACAUCAUUGCUGGACUUCAAUUUUUACCAGAUUUGAUCAAAGAAGUUCUGUCCUUGGAUGAAAAGAUUGAACAAUUGGCCAAAGAGAUGUUCCAGCACAAAUCACUCCUAGUCAUGGGCCGUGGCUAUCAUUAUGCUACUUGCCUUGAAGGAGCUUUAAAAAUCAAAGAAAUCACUUACAUGCAUUCUGAAGGGAUCCUGGCUGGAGAGUUGAAACAUGGCCCUUUAGCUUUAAUUGAUAAGCUGAUGCCUGUUAUAAUGAUUGUCAUGAGAGAUUCAAGCUACACGAAGUGUCAGAAUGCAAUGCAACAGGUCACUGCACGACAGGGCCGUCCAAUAGUACUCUGUGUAAAGAAUGACGAGGAGAGCAAGAAAUAUGCUUACAGAACUAUUGAAAUUCCACAUUCAGUUGACUGUUUACAGGGUAUUUUAACUGUAAUACCUCUUCAACUUCUUUCAUUCCACUUGGCUGUUCUUCGAGGAUAUGAUGUUGACUUUCCUCGAAACCUGGCCAAGUCAGUCACUGUUGAAUGAAGAUCUGAAUACCUUGCCCAUUGAAGUUUGAUGUCAGAUCAUUCUUCAAAAUUCUCUUUUGGUUAACAUUUCUUCUGGUGAAAUAUGAAGUUUAUAACUUAUCUCACUGGGGUUUCAUCAAUUAGACAAUAUGCAUAUUUAAUGUAAAUCAAAUGAUACAAUAUACUGUAACUGAGAUACUACUUUAAGUGCCUCUAUGGUAACUACGUCUUGUAGUUACAUGGUGGCGCCUUGCGGCAGCGGCCCCUGCAGCCCGUCUGUCCUUUAAAAAAAAAAAACAUUCGUCCCGUUCAAUAAGUAGUUUGCUGUGGUUUUUAUAUUGUUUUUGACUGUGUAUGGGAGGGGGGGAGGUGGGGAAAACUUUUAAGUCUCUUCCCUGCAUGGAGGGCCUAGCACCGUGGAGCGCCCCCCAGCCGGAACGACUUGCUGGCCAGCCUCGGAGCGUGGGGAGCUGAGGUGGCGCGCGGCUGCGACCAGACUUUGGAGGCUCCAGCUGCAGGCCUGUGGACGGUGACAUCGGGAGCUCGCGGGUCCCUAGUGGGAGACCGCUUUUCGGAGCUCCCGCGGCGGCAGCGUCUCCCGCCCGAGUUGCGGGGGUGAAAACAACCCCGGGGACUGACAUCGCCCGGUGCAGCUUUAACGGCCGCGGGACUUGCCAUCGCCCGCCGGAGGCUUUAACAUCGGGAGAGGAUGGAGAGCAGGGGAGAGACAAGACUUUGACUUCCAUCACAAUGAGGAGGAGAUUCACUGUGAUGGAUGUCUGUGUGAAUUGAGUUUGUUGUGUGUCUUGUAAAAUUGUUUCUUUUUGUUGUAUGGCUGCAGAAACCAAAGUUCCUAACGGAAAAAAUACAGUUUGUUGAAUUGAAUAGCUAUCUUGAUUUAAAAGUUUGGAAGAAGUUGAUGUUUACAGAAGCUGCAUAGAAUGGAUACAUGCAAAAGUGCAAUAUUAAUAGCCAAGAUAAUCAAAUAUAAUACCUUUUAAUUGUAGCCAUUUUUUAAUAUUAUGCUUUUUAGAUUAUUUAUGAUUUUUACAAAGAAUCCCUCUCAAAAUUUAUGUUUGAAUAUGCCUGUACUUAUCAUGUUUACUGAAAUUGUAUUUUAUUAAUUUUAUAUAUAUCUAAGGGGAUUUGUUUUAAGUUUGAAUUAAGUAAAGAAGCAAGGAUGAAGUUUGUUUGCAGUCAUAUGUUCAUGUGCUUAUGAUCCACCUUAUAGCUAAUGUUAAAACAAUGAAGAUGUGGAUCGUAUAUAUGUAUUUUUUGUUUGGUAUUGGUUUACAAACAGAAUAAAUCAUUUAACUAUGAUGUGUUUGUUUAGCAUUCAAAAUGCAUGUUGUAAGUUG